AUGGCAGAAAAAGAAAGAAAGAAAAUAGGGGGAAGAGAAGAGAAAGGGAGACAGAAAAUGAUGAGUUGUGAGGAUUUCAUGCAAAUAACUAAAAUGACAAUUGUACGAAUUGUAAGUGGGAUGGAUAUACAUACCUUUGGAGAUGCUUCUCCUUGCUGUUUCGUUGAAUGGACGAGUGCGCCAGCUGUUGAUCGUUUCGAUGAUGCCUUCUGCCACCACAAUCGUCGUCAAAUCAUAUUUUAUCAGGAGCCCGCUGCUGCUACUGCUGCUGGCGCUGCUGUUGUUGAUGUUACACAUCAGGCAGAAAGAUGGAAAGGCAAAAGGGUCCCGUCUCUUUCGGUAGCUGUGGGUGGGGAAGGGUUAAAUAAUUAG